AUGACACAGGAGUGGAAAAACACAAUUUUAUGUCGCUUAAAACAGAGAAAUGCUGCUCAAAGUGAGAAAUAUGAAGAAGUUUUAAAUGCGUAUAAUUCUCUAGUUGAAGAAAAAAAUAAACUAUUAGCCAUCAUUGCAUCGUUCACAUCAGAAAACAUUUAUUUGCUUAAUAGUAAAAAAUUUGGAAUACCAUUUGAUACUAACGAAUAUUUAAUUCCAAAUAAUUUGAAGCAAUAUCAUCUGUUAAAUGAAGAAGUUGGAUCUGGAAGUACUUUUUGUCAUGACAACAAUUCAAUACAUGUAGCAUCAGUAAAUGGUACUACAACAGAGACAACUUUACGGAUAAUCCAACCAAAAAUUAAGACGAAAUCUCAGGAGGAGUAUCAUCCAAAUGAAGUUUCAAAAAGAGAAUUCUUAGAAAUAAUUAAAGAAAAAGCAAAAUGUGACGAACUGAUACUUCUUCUAAAAAAUAACAUAAAUGAAAAAGAAAAACUUCUGAACAUUUUAAACAAACAUAAUAAAGCAUUAAAUAGUGUUAUUCUAAAAAGGGAACAAGAACUUUCCGAAAAAAAUAAAAAAAUACAUAAACUUCAAGAUAUUGUAAGUAAACAAAAUAAAGAUUUAAAGUUAUAUGUAAAUACAAAUAUAUCACUUAAGAGAAAAAUCAAAAAAUAUCAAAAGAAAAAUCAAAAAAUGAUAAAAGAUUUUGAUACACUUAGACUUUCUUAUAUCAAAAUAUCGAAAGAAGCUUAUCAACUCAAAAAUUGCAAAAUAAACAUGGAUAAAGAAUAUUUUACCUUGAGAAAACAAUUUUUAGCGAAAAAAAUAGAAAAUGAAAAACUCCUCAAAUCUCUGCUAAGGUGCAAAAAAUCAUACAAGUCUCAGCUAAUGAAAAUGUAUUACCACUUUAUACGCCACAAUGAGACCAAAGAAUUGGUCUUAUCAGAAAAAAAGAGAAAAAUAAAAACAAGUUUUUUUAAAAAACAAAAAUUUUUUAUAUCCAUUUAUUGGGACAAAUUAUAUUACACUCAUGGUGAUAAAAAAAAACACUGCGUGGAAAAUACAAAUACAUCGGAACUGAAAACUAACUUAUUUAUAAAUAAAAAAAAAAAUUCGAUAGCGAAGCCGAUGAACUGUGUAGAUGCUGAAGAGCUUAUCACGUGUCAAAAUAUAUGUUAUGGGGACAAGUUCAAAUUAGGCAAGGGAUGCACUCUCUCGAGAAGCUCCAAUUGGAAAUGUGAAGAAUAA